AUGGACGGCCAGGCAAAAUACGACUGGCGCCGAACGCAACUCACUUCUCAAGAGCGCAUCAUGAGAGAGAUAGCUCGCCGAGACGUGAUAAAGAAAGAGAUUGAACAAAGAGAGCAAGAGGAGAGGUAUGCGAACCCAACCUUUAAGGAGGAAAAGGUUCCUGAUGCCGGCUGCACUAUUCGACCGGUAGAGACCAAAGACUUCCAGGCUAUUGCAGACAUUAUCAACUUGGAGCGUCAACAGGGACAGAGCUCUCAGGUUUAUCUUCCCAAGAUUGACCACAGUCACAUUGCAACUCUUUACAACGCGUGCCGUCAAAAGCGCCGACCCUUCAUUCUCGCUAUCCCCUCACCAGGCCGGAUCCCCGAUCGUACCAACUGGUCCAAGGCUGAAGAGGACGAAUAUCAGGAAUUCCUCAAGUUCAAGAAGUCCCGCGAGGCAUCGCAGCCGACUGUUCUCGGGUUUGCUGUCAUCACCGAUGCGCAGCAGGGCUUUCUGGACAGCGCCUUUCGCGGUUCUCGCUUCUCGGGUAACAUUAAAGUGAUUGUUCAUCCGCAGCAUCGCAAGAAACUUAUUGGGACGGCUCUCCUCGACAAGGUCUUGUCAUGCGUGAACAUCUAUCACCGUUCCGAGAUUGAAUACAACUGGGACUGCGCGGAAACUCAACAGACUUACGAGUAUGUAUCUGCACACAACCUCCGCAAGUACAACAAGGUCUAUGCAGAAUUUUUUUCCACUGGAAAGAAUGACCCCGAGGUUGAAACCAUUCAACACCUUCUCAAGAAGUUUGAUUUCGAGUGGGUAGCGUACUUUAAAAACGCUGCUAAACAUGGAAAAGAAGCAGGCGUCUGGAAGGAUUUGAAUGUGUGGGAGCUGGAAGUACGCACGCCAUUUGAGAUUGACGAAAUUCCGGAGGAUGUUUAA